AAGCAUUCACUUCGUGUGUGUUGACUGUAGUGAGACGUACGUUGUGAAUAACCCACAUGCAUACAAGUUAGACAAUCAACGUUUCCGUGUAAACAAGAGUUGUACGUAGAAACCGGUUUAACCGCCCGGUCCAACUGACCGUGGGUCCUCCCUCUUGAAACAAAAGUUUGUCCCGAUGAGAAAAUAUGCCUGAAAUAAAAGUAACACCACUGGGUGCUGGACAGGAUGUCGGGCGAAGCUGCAUCCUCGUCUCCAUCGGAGGAAAAAACAUCAUGCUGGACUGUGGGAUGCACAUGGGAUACAAUGAUGAUAGGCGUUUCCCAGACUUUUCAUACAUUACCCAGAAUGGGCGUCUGACAGAAUUCUUGGACUGCGUUAUCAUCAGCCAUUUCCACUUGGACCACUGUGGCGCUCUGCCCUACAUGAGCGAGAUGGUCGGCUACGAUGGACCCAUCUACAUGACCCAUCCUACCAAAGCCAUCUGUCCCAUUUUGCUGGAAGACUUCAGAAAAAUCACCGUCGACAAAAAGGGAGAAACCAACUUCUUCACAUCUCAGAUGAUCAAGGACUGCAUGAAAAAAGUGAUACCUUUGAACCUCCACCAAACUGUCCAGGUGGAUGAUGAGCUGGAGAUCAAGGCGUACUAUGCAGGCCAUGUCCUGGGAGCUGCCAUGGUGCACAUCAAAGUGGGAUCAGAGUCAGUGGUCUACACUGGCGAUUAUAAUAUGACACCUGACAGGCAUCUAGGUGCUGCAUGGAUCGAUAAGUGCCGACCAGACAUCCUCAUCUCAGAGUCGACAUAUGCAACCACCAUCCGUGACUCAAAGAGGUGCAGAGAGCGGGACUUUCUGAAGAAAGUUCAUGAAUCCAUAGAAAGAGGAGGAAAGGUUCUUAUUCCAGUGUUUGCCCUUGGAAGAGCACAAGAGCUCUGCAUCCUUCUGGAGACAUUUUGGGAGAGAAUGAACCUAAAGGCCCCGAUCUACUUCUCCACUGGGCUGACGGAGAAGGCGAAUCAUUACUACAAGCUCUUCAUAACGUGGACCAAUCAGAAGAUCCGUAAAACCUUUGUACAGAGAAACAUGUUUGAAUUUAAGCACAUCAAGGCCUUUGAUCGCUCUUAUGCUGAUAAUCCUGGACCCAUGGUGGUGUUUGCUACUCCAGGGAUGCUGCACGCUGGUCAGUCUCUGCAGAUCUUUAAGAAAUGGGCUGGCAAUGAGAAGAACAUGGUCAUCAUGCCAGGGUAUUGUGUACAAGGAACAAUCGGUCACAAGAUCCUAAAUGGACAGAGAAAACUUGAGAUGGAAGGGAGAGCAACAUUGGAUGUGAAGCUACAGGUGGAGUACAUGUCCUUUAGUGCCCAUGCAGACGCUAAAGGCAUCAUGCAGCUCAUCCGCAUGGCCGAGCCUCGGAACAUGCUUCUUGUGCACGGAGAGGCAGCCAAGAUGGAGUUCCUCAAGGGCAAAAUAGAGCAGGAGUUCAGUAUAGACUGCUACAUGCCAGCCAAUGGGGAGACAGCGACUGUGACUACGAACCCCAGCGUGCCUGUGGACAUUUCACUCAACCUGCUCAAGAGGGAGAUGGCUCUCGGAGGGCCUCUUCCUGACCCCAAAAAACCUCGGAUCAUGCAUGGAACUCUGAUCAUGAAAGAAAAUAGUCUGAAGCUGGUAUCCUCCGAGCAGGCCCUGAAGGAGCUCGGCCUCAAUGAGCAUCAGCUGCGCUUCACCUGCCGCGUGCAGCUCCAGGACCCACACAGCGACACCGACACUCUCCACAGAGUCUACACACACCUCAAGAGCGUGUUAAAAGGUUACACCAUCCAACACCUCCCUGACGGUACAGUCAUGGUGGAGUCCAUCGUCAUCAAAGUCUCCUCCUCCGCCGAGGACAACAACUCCAAAGUCCUACUGCUGUCCUGGAGCUAUCAGGAUGAAGACCUGGGCAGCUUCCUCUCAUCUCUACUGAAAAAAGGACUCCCAUCUGGGCUUUGCUAAAAUCAGCCUUUGGUCCUAAAACUGUGAACAUUUGAAGAAGAACUCACACUGAACAGCACUCAAACACUGAACUGUUUUUAGCCUUUAUUUCUAAGGGCUAGAAAGUGCAGAAAACGUCAGAUUCUUACCUGUAAAGUUCAAUAGCAAGGCUGAAUUGGCUCUCUUCCUCUGUUAGGAUAGAGGACUUUGCAACACCAAUUUUCACAAUUUCAGCUAAGACUGGCUAGUUCUUAUUUUUAGAAAUAUGGCAGACCCGUUUGUGAGCUCCUUUGGCUGGGCAGAACAAUUUAAAGAUAAGAACCUCAAUUUUUUUCCCCCAUUUAUUGUCAUGUGCAAAGCCAGUUUGAAU